GUUCAAAGUGUUUCUAAUGUGUUUCUCUUUUUGAGCUGUUUUACAACAGAAGGUGCAACAGUAACAACAACAUAGUGUACAGGAUGUACACAAACACAUCUUUUCCAGUUUUACUACAAUUGGAAACACUAGGAUUAUCUGACGCAUAUGUUUAUCCAGCAUUUUUGUUUGGGACUUUAACAUAUAUGGUUAUUAUGUUUUUCAACUUGACGGUAUUAGCAACUAUUGCUUGGAGUAAGAAGCUGCACAAGCCGAUGUUUAUCCUGCUGUUCAACUUGCCUGUUAGUGACAUGCUCGGUGGUACAGCGUUUUUCCCUCAUCUCGUUUUCAGCAUUGUGACACAGAACAGACUGAUUUCCUAUCCUGCAUGUGUUAUUCAGGGUUUUCUGAUUCAUGUUUAUGGUACAGGAAACUUGCUGAUCUUGAGUGCCAUGGCAUAUGACAGAUAUAUUGCUAUAUGUUGUCCAUUGAGGUAUAAUGCCAUCAUGACUCCACACAACACAGUUAGAAUCAUUGUCAUAAUAUGGUUGAUCAAUUUAUCGAUAAUGGUUACGUUGUUUCUGUUGUUUGCACGGUUCAAAAUCUGCAGGACAAAUAUUGUGGAUUUGUUCUGUAACAAUCCAUCAUUAUUGAAACUGGUCUGCGAGGACAAAAGAGUGAACAACAUCUAUGGACUGUUUAAUGUAGGUUUACUCCAAGGUGGAUCACUGUUAAUAAUAAUUUAUACCUAUGCACAGAUUUUACGCACAUGUGUCAUGACUAAUCAUCCUGAAGCCAGGAAAAAAGCCCUUCAGACAAGUGGCUCACAUUUAGUUGUUUUCAUAAUCCUACAAAUCAAUACUUUUGUUACUCUUCUUGCUCAUCGUAUUGAGAGUACGUCUCCUUUUCUGAGAAGAGCUCUCGGUGUGUCAAUUUUAGUUUUUCCACCUCUUUUGGACCCAAUCAUAUAUGCACUAAAAACCAAAGAACUCAAGCAGAGCAUAAAAACUUUGCUAAAAAGAAAUGGAGCUUCAUCAGAGCUGUAA